UCUGACUCCAUACCUCCUGAUGACGGCGUGACACGCAUUGUGGGUGGCACAGGUGCCAAGCCAGGGGCUUGGCCCUGGAUCGUCAGCAUCCAGCACCCCUGGGUACCAGGCCUGGAACACUGGUGUGGAGGGUCCCUCAUUGGUGCGGAAUGGGUCCUCACAGCAGCCCACUGCUUUGACAGCAUCAAGCAAAUUAGCAUCCUGAACGUGGUGAUUGGGGCCACCCAGUUGACUCAGCCAGGUGCUGGGGCAGAAGUGCGCAAGAUUAAGAAGCUUCAUCGUCAUGAAAACUAUAAGAGAAGUGAUAUAAGUAAUGAUAUUGCCUUGCUGGAACUGAAUGAGCCUGUCCAGUGCAGCCCUUACAUCCAGCUGGCCUGUGUGGCUGACCCCACCCUAAUAGUCUCAGCCCUGCACAACUGCUGGAUUGCUGGCUGGGGUGCCACCACAGAAGGAAAUGAAGACUCAAGUGAUCACCUCCAGGAGGCCAAGGUCCAGCUCAUCGAUGUCCAGCUCUGCAACAGCAGUGGCUGGUACUCAGGGGAAAUCCACACCCACAACUUGUGUGCUGGUUACCCAGAGGGCAAUAUUGACACCUGCCAGGGUGACAGCGGUGGUCCUCUCAUGUGCCAAGACAACGAUGCAGACUCCUGGUGGGUUGUCGGAGUGACCAGCUGGGGAAGAGGCUGCGCCAGAGCAAAACUUCCUGGAGUCUACACCUCCACUCAGUACUUCUAUGACUGGAUUCUGGCCCAGAUGGGGCUGAGCCCAUUUGGAAGUGCUUCCUGA